AUGCCAGCCGCUGGCGAUCCCAGCGGAAUGGAGGUCCCUGCCACCUUGGGGGCCGUGGCCCCUGGGGCCUUGGCAGAGGCGUUUGUUGUCGGCUCUGGCGGGGCCGCCACGCCUGAGGGCGCGGCAGGGGCGCCACCCACUCCGGGCACGGCUCCCGCGCCGUGCUUGCAGGUUCAGCCGCAGGCCGCGAAGCGAAGCCUGCCCGAGGACGCCGAGGCACGCGAUGCUGGCGCCAUGCAGCUUGAGUGCCCAAAGUGCGACGACCCUCUGACCGAUGAGACCAUCGCCAAGACCACUCAGGACAAGAAGAAGUUCGCCAUGGGCCUCCCGUGCGACUGCAAUGAUUGUAAUGGGCACUACAAAGACUUGACCCGUAGGUGGAAGACCAACCGUUCGCUGCAGGUGUGGUUCAACGGGAUGGAGGAGAAUGAGAGGAAGGACUGGUUCAAAGGCAAAAAGGCUAUCACCUCGAAACUUUCUCUGGCCCAGAAGAGGGCGCAGAAUAAGAGACUCAAGGCCACGGAGGCCGACGAGAAAAAGAAGGGCGAGCGUCCGGGGAAGCUUUUGCAUUGGAAGCCAUGGCACAUCGUGAAGCGCGACCUCAUGAUUGAAGGCUACACCGCCGAGAGCGCCAAGCAGGAGUGGCGACGACGGUGCAUGGACAAGUCUUACAAGAUGAAGCUCAUCGACAACAUGUGGCACAUGGCCGAGUACCAGGGUGUCAUGGACGAGAGCUUCACGGAGGUUGGGCAUGCAGUGCGGAUGGAGGCAGUUCAUUCGUGCGAUGACACGGAGGCAGCUGGGCGCGCAGCGGAUGUCUUGGACAGCUUCAUCGCCCGUGCUCCCCCGGCCCCGUCCAUGGCCGAGUUCGCCCCUCAAGACGCUGACGGCCACGUGCCGGAACAGUUCGUGGAAGGGGCGGUCAUGGACAUGCCCUUGGACCAGCCGUGGCUUGCAAUGGACGGGACGAUGGUUGGCAUGGAAGAGGUGGAGCGCUUGCAGAAGAACUUGAACGACUUCAUGAUGCAGUGCGAGGUGGAGGCCGAGGGCGUGGAAGUUCCAGCCGAGGAGAAGAGCACCGACCACGCCGACCUGUUGCUGAAGAUGCGGCAGCAGAUCGCGAAGGCGAAGCUUACAAUGCAGGGGCAAGCUGAGGCUUUGGAGCUGUCGUCGGAUCAGCUCCUGACGCACGUGCGGACGGUCGAGUUCCCUAGCGUUCAAAGACAUGGUCAAAGAUGGAGGAUCCGUUCAAAGACAUGGUCAAGGAGGCCUCUACGCUGCACCUCGGUCUCGGCGCGUGGACCGAUGAUGCCCAGAAGUCGAUGGGCAACAUCAUUGCAGGCCAGUCCCUGA